AUGCAGGAAACAUCAACAAGUGAAAAAAGCAUAGAUAAGGAAAAUACAAUUUCAUUUUCAUUGUGCCAAGAUGAUAUUUUGCUUUCAACUUUUAAUAAUAAGAAAACAUAUCAGUCUCAUCCAAUAUUCCAAUCUUCCAAUAUUGAUCGAAUUCCUCUCCAGUCCAUUGAUGAACCAUGUAGCAGCAAGCAACACAAUGUACCUAUGUCAACUAAUAUGUCAACUCAACUGACAAUAGCCUCAAAAGAGUCAUUGACUUCAAAUGCAUCAAGUGUAACGAGAUGCAGUAGAAAACGUCCGAAAACCUCUGCCGUAGAAGAAACACAACAACAUAUUACAAAUACGUUAGACAAUCAAAAUGAAAAUUUCCAGGUAUACUACCCAAUUUUCGACACACAAUUUAGAGUAGAUUUUCUGAAACAAUUCAUUUAGUUACUAUGUAUGCAAGAGUUUUUACUGUGUAUUCAGUGAAAAAAAGCAAAUGGAAUGGACGAAUCAAUAUCAUUGACGUCUAAGCGACGUCUGAUAGACGUCAAUCGACAUGUAAUCAAUGUCGAUUUCAUUGCUAUUUCUCAAUGAGGUACACUUCCUAUUUCCUCAUACGUAUAGAUACAAAGUACAAAAUCGUUCAGAAGCGUAUUUAUAAUUAAAAUUACAACAAUAUUCUAAUAUAUUUCCACCUAUUACUAGGCAAUGGUUGUGACUUUAAACCGGAUUGCUUCUGCAACCGAACAGCAAACUGAACUUUUCAAGACAUUGAUAGAAACAUUAAACGUUUUGUUUAAAACUAUCUGAGUUCUUAGGAAGAAAACGUAAUGGUUUAAAAUUGUAUGUUUUGUUUCAAUAUAUUUUAUUGUUUAGUUUAUUUUCUAAAGAGAUAAUGCAAGGACAAAACUGUAAUAUGCAUUAUAACAUAAUGGAGAAAACAUAAUGGUUAAAAAUUGUAUGUUUUGUUUCAAUAUAUUUUAUUUUUUAGUUUAUUUUUUAAAAAGAUAA